UCAUAUGAAAGAAGUAGACAAGGUCUACAAGUGUUGGUUGUAGCAACAGCCGUUAAGGUGUGGCCAAAUCCAGGACAAGGACCAUCUUCAUCGGUGGGUCUCUGUUUAAAACCAAGUAAUUUCUCUAAAGUGUUUGUAGGUGAAUUUUGUACGUGGGGCGAUAAUAUAUCAAAGUUUUAAAGUUAGAAUGCCCAAAAAAAAAACAAAGGUUGUUUUAGUGUGACCAUUAACAACACGGAAAGUUUGAGCGAAAGAAAUUUUAAAGAAAUAGCAGAAAAAGUUUUCUUGACAACUCAUGUCGUGGAAUUCAUGAUGUGGAUUGCGGCCAACGAGCGAAACUUUGAAGAGAUAGCAGGAAGAAAAGUAGGAAGCGUGUCCAUCGCUGGGUCAAUAUUCUGCCCGUUCUUCAAGGGGCGAACUUCCAAAUUCCAAACUCAACAAUUCAUUUGACCUGUUUGCUUUUCUUUGUCAGCUCUAUCUCUCUCAAUUCUUUUGUAUAUCCUUUCAUUAUUUCUUGCAGAACUUUAUUACGAAAUGAAAGGAUCCAGAGAAGAGAAGAAGAGGUUAGUGGUGAUAGGCGGGGGCAUUGCAGGCUCUCUACUCGUCAGAUCUCUUCAAUUUGACGCUGAUGUUACCCUCAUUGAUCCGAAGGAGUACUUUGAGAUCACUUGGGCAACCUUGAGAGCAAUGGUGGAGCCAACAUCUGGGGAGAGAUCAGUGAUAAAUCAUAGAGAUUACUUCACAAAUGGCCGAAUUGUUACAUCUUGGGCAACAAACAUCACUGACACAGAUGUAUUGACUGCAGAUGGCCAUGUAAUUCCCUAUGACUAUCUUGUCAUUGCCACUGGCCAUGUGGAUUCUGUCCCAAAAAGUAGGACUGAAAGACUAGCUGAAUACCAAGCAGAAAAUGAAAAGAUCAGGUCUGCUCAUUCCAUUUUGAUCAUUGGAGGAGGUCCCACUGGCGUUGAACUUGCAGGAGAAAUUGCUGUUGAUUUCCCAGAAAAGAAGGUUACUCUGGUGCAUAAUGGAUCAAGGUUGAUGGAAUUUAUUGGAACAAAAGCUGCUGAUAAAACACUAAAAUGGUUACGAUCAAAGAAUGUUGAUGUGAAGUUAGAGCAGCGGGUUGAUUUAAAUCAUUUUUCAGAAUCAGACAGCAGUACUAACAAAACAUAUCAUACUUCAUCUGGAGAAACUAUCAAAGCAGAUUGUCAUUUCUUAUGCACGGGAAAACCUUUGGCCUCAGCAUGGCUCCAAGAUACUAUCCUGAUGAAUAACUUGCAUUCUAAUGGAAGCUUGGCAGUUGACGAGUACCUAAGAGUCAAGGGCCAAAAGAAUAUAUAUGCAAUUGGAGAUAUUACUAAUAUUCCGGAAAUCAAACAAGGGUAUUUGGCACAGAAACAUGCUGAAGUGGUUGCAGGGAACUUGAAGCUAUUGAUGAAUGGAGGAAAAGAAAGCAAAAUGGUGGCUUACAAGCCAGCUUCUUCAGUAACAGCAAUUGUUUCGCUGGGUAGAAGAGACGCUGUUGCUCAAUUUCCAUUCACUACUAUAAUCGGCAUUAUUCCUGGGAUCAUAAAAUCUAGAGACUUGUUUGUAGGGAAAACAAGGAAGCAGAGAGGACUAGAAUCUCAUGUUGUAUGAAUUGAAAGAGAUAUGAAUAAGCCAAAAAAUAAGGGAUGCUUUUGUUUAAUUCCUUUGCCUGUGGAAUUGAGGUUGAGUUUUGAGUCCUAAGAUGUUGAAGUAGCGUACAUUUAUUGUGAAUAAUUAUUAUUAUUAAAUUAUGUGUCAUCUUGAAACGCCUUAA